AUGCCUACUACGAAUGACCCCCUCUUCACCGGGGCUGUAUGCAUGAGUAUCACAGUGGUCGGGAAUACAACCUAUCUCCCACUUUCGGAUCCUUUUUGCAACACAGAGGCUUGCCUGGCUUUUGCCAAGGCUCAAAAGGCAUCUCAAAGUGCUAUCUCUUACGCCCAUCAGUUUGAUUACGGGCACUACACGACAUGGUACUACCUUGCUACUUUGGGUGUAGGAAUAGCUAUCCACAUUCUCCGUCUCUACAGAAAUCAAAGUUCUCAUCAGCCUCAAGGACCUCCCAACCAAAUUACCGCCACUGGCCACAAGGUCAUUGCUCUAUGCAGGGCUGUAUCCUAUAGGUCUGUGGGGGGCCUGACUGCAGCGCGAUGGGGGUUUCCAAAACUCGGCAUGUUGACCUUUGGAAUAUUCACCCUGGUAUUCUUCCUGCUGAUGACGUUUCUGGUACAUCCAUAUUAUCGGGAGCGUCGUGGAUACGGAUCGCCACCGCUCGCAGUACGCACAGGACUCAUGUCAACGGCGUUGAUACCUCUGAUUGUCGCGCUCUCGGGGAAGGUCAACAUAGUGACAUGGCUAACUGGAAUCAGCCAUGAGAAACUCAAUAUAUUCCACCGAUGGGCCUCUUAUCUGUGUCUAUUUCUUGCGAUCGUGCAUACCGUGCCAUUUAUCGUCACUCCGCUUCAAAAUUGUGGGGCUGCUGGCCUUCAUGCCCAGUUCUACAAACCAGGGGCCUUUGAAUAUACCGGAGUUCCCCCCCUAGGCAUGCUUGUGGGGCUUUGCGUGUUGUCAGUCCCGAUUAUCCGGCAUCGUUUCUAUAACUUUUUCUACCGAGUCCAUGUCCCCAUGUAUGUAGCCUUUUUGGGGCUCAUGUUUUGGCAUUCGGGAAAUGAAAUGGACUCAUGGGCAUACCUUUGGGCUACUCUGGCAAUCUGGUUAUUCCAGGUCAGUGGGCGGCUCUUUGCCAAGUGGCAGACUUUCAAUGUUCACCGAAGCUGGUUCUCAGGCUUUUCCACUAGCUUGCAGAAGCUCCCGGGAGAAAUGGUCCAUGUCACUCUCUUGGUUCCAAUAGGUCUCCGUUGGAAGCCAGGUCAGCAUUGUUGGCUCCGAAUGCCCCAUUUGUCGCCCCUCCAGAACCACCCCUUUACAAUUGCAAACCUUCCAAGUCAAGAGGUCCGGACGAAAUCCGACAUUCAAGUCAUGGAAUUCUACAUCCGGGCAUACAAUGGAUUGACUCGAAAUCUUUUACAGUCCGUAGUCGAUUAUAGUGACCGAUCUGUACCAAUGCAUGUCGACGGACCUUAUGGUGGGCUGAAUGAGAACCCGCCAGGUCAGUACGAGUCACUUGUCUUUGUGUGUGGCGGAAGUGGUAUAUCAGCCUGCAUGCCUCACAUAUUGUACGCAUUGAAAGCCAGUCACCAAGGGUCUGGUGUGGUGAAAAGCAUCCGUCUUGUGUGGAUGGUGCAAGAUCGGUUCCACAAAGAAUGGAUCACAAAUAUGCUCAAGGAAGCUUCAAGCCUUCCUGGUCUUCUUCACCUCGAUGUCUACAUUACGAGACCGACAAAAGCUGUUAUGAGUGUCUCUGGCACAGAAUUGGAGCUUGUUCUUCCACAAGCCAAAGAAAUGGUUUCUCGGACGGAAGAGUCAAUGAACGAUAUCAGCCCACAACCAGAGAAGACACCGGAAAUCUGGACUGUACGCCACACGCGGCCCUAUCUUCCUGAGAUUCUACCACCUCUCCUGACCGAGCGCAGGACUUUUGUAUUUGGUAAGGGAACCAUCCAAUAA